CCAACACCACGACCGCCACGACCACCACCACGACCACGACCACUACCGCCGCAACCAUCGUCGCGUGCCGAACGACCGCCGCUAGAGAUCCUUAUCCACCGUCGCCUCGCAUCGCUCGCGCAUCCACUCCGCGGCGGCGCUUCGAACGCCACAGAUGUCGGGGGGCGGACGAAUCUCGUCCGACGUCGAGCUGAUGUCGGUGCGGUCCGACGCGAGCACUGGGGCGGAGGCGUUUCCGCAAUACUAUCAGCGGCAGAACGCGCGGGGGGCCAGCACGUCGAUGGAGUUCGAUCGGCGGAAGGAUCUGGUCGAGCUGCGCAGUCCGCCGCGGCUCACCGACGAGGACGUCGGCGACGAUAGGGUCGAGUACGUGCCUAUGCCAGAACAGAAGAAGCUCGGGUACUUCUCGACCGCUGCGCUCAUCGUCAGCAAGAUGAUCGGCACUGGCGUCUUUGCGAAACCGUCGGUGGUCCUGGAGAACUGUGGUGGCAGAGGCGUCGCGUUGUUCCUGUGGGUCGCUUGUGGACUUAUGAGUCUAGCUGGACUGUUGAUUUAUGUUGAGUUGGGGAUUACGUUGCCGUUCUCCGGCGCCGAGGUUGUUUACGUCGAGGAGUGUUAUCCGCGACCGAAAUACCUUGCCGUGAUCGUCAUCGCAUUACUCUUUAUUCUCCUGACCCACUUCGCCGGGAAUACUAUCGCCUUCGCGAAACUGAUAUUGCAGGCAUUCGAGCCCGGAGACAUCAACCCUGACUAUCGCUUACAGAAGUUCCUCGCGCUGUGUCUCCUGACGGCGGUAUGCCUGCUGCACAUCUUCUCGCGCAAGAUGGGUAUCUUCGUCAACAACCUCCUUGCCAUCUACAAGGUUACUCUGGUGACCUUCAUCAUCAUGGUUGGGUUUGCGGCGAUGGCUGGGGGAAGGGGCAAGGGAGUCACAAGCGGAGGCACGUACGGUCUUUCCAACUGGGAUAACGCCAUGGUGACGAGGACCAUGACCAUGUGGGAAUACUCGAACGCCAUACUGGGCGUGUUGUGGGCGUACACGGGCUGGGAGAACGCGAACUAUGUCCUGUCGGAGGUGCGCCGACCGCCAGGCAACGAAUCGAAGGUUUUCAAGAUCGCCGCCUUCUCGGCGAUAGGAUUGACGACGGUGCUGUACGUGCUGGCGAACGUUGCGUACUUCACGGUGCUCUCGGACGAGGAGUUGAUGGCGGGUGGAGACAUGGUCGCGGCCAAGUUCUUCGUCAAGGUCUUUGGUGACAGCUGGUUCAUCGAGAGGGGCUUCAAGGUCAUGGUCGCAUUGUCCAUCAUGGGCAACUUUGUGUCGUCGACGUACGGGCUGGCAAGAGUGAAGCAGGAGAUUGCUAAGCUCAGGAUUCUGCCGUUUUCGAAGUAUUUCGCAAGGCAGAGUCACUACGAUACUCCUGUCGGCGCCUUGGUCCUGCACUGGUUCGUUGCGGCUGCUUUCAUCAUAUUCACGCCGAGCAACAAGGACGAUGCGGCUUACAAUCUUAUCACGGAUCUCUUCAUCUACGGACAGAACUGGAUGAUAAUUGUCGUGUCUCUCGGAGUGGUAUUCCUGCGGUAUCGCAAGACGGGUAUCCACCGAUGGGAGCCACACAUGCUUCCAUGGCGGGUCAUGCUCACGAUCAUCGCGAUCUACGUUCCACUCAACCUGUUCAUCAUCGUGCUCACGUGGUGGCCGCCAUUCAGCCAGCCCGACAUCCCAUCGUAUGUCACGCCUGGCGUGGCAUCCGGCAUCAUCGUUGGCGGCUUCAUCUACUGGGUCAUCUUUGCAAAACUCAUGCCGUGGCUCGGGUUCCAUAUCGAUUCGCAGCCUGAUGAGCUCGUCGAUGGGAGUCGUAUCGUUACAUAUAAGCGGUAUAAAACUGGAUUCGCCCUGAAAACGUCGAUUUGGUGGAGCAAGUAUAUGAAUUUCAAGAAGAAGAAGCGGUGAUCUACUCACUCGAGGCCGGCCGGCUUUCCUACCUAGGACGAGGACGGUGACGGAAUAUUCCUGCACAUAUUGCCCUUUCAUCGCGACAACAUCUCGACAACAUCUCGAUCCUACCACCAACUACCACUAACUACACCCCUACACCACCUUCAUCAACUCAACUUGUCAGCACCACGCGACUUCUUCCUUUCCUCU